GACGGCGUCGAGGGUGUGACGGACGCCGACGUUGCUGCUUUUCCACGCCCACGCAACUUGAGCGUGAUUGUGGAGGGGCAGUCCGUCCAUUACGGCGGCGCAGCAGCAGCAGGUGCCCAACUGGGCCUUCAUCGGGAGCAGCAACAACAGCAACAACAGCAGCAAGCAGCAGGCGAUAACGACGCCAACACCAACACCAACGCCAGCACCAACGUCAACAACGAAGCCAACAGCAGCAGCAGCAACGCUGGAGAGAAGCGCUCACUGAGCGGAAAACGCUCCGUGUUUGAGCUCUUCCAGCGCCAGCACCACCAGCAGCACGGACACUCGUCACUGGCACUGGUGUGGAGCGCCAUCCGCCAUGCCGGUACCCAUCACCCUGCGGGGGGCGAGGAGCCUCCUGCCGAACACCAAGCGGGGGACAAUGAGCCAGGAGCAGGCACACCAAGUGCGAUCGCGGUGGGUGCGUCGGCAGGUACGGCAGCAGGUGAAGAAACAGCAGCACAUGGUGCGCAACAUGCAUCUCCGGUCAACGGCACAGCUGUCGUGCACGUGCCCGGCCUGAACGGCACCCAGGACCACCGAGGCAGCCAUGCAGCCCAGCCUGCGGCGGCUGGGAGCAAGGAGCUGCUCCCCGGAUCAACACCUGUGCUGCCGCAGGCGCAAGGCCAGCAGGUGGCCGCAGGAGGCAGCCGCAGCCAGAGCCGCCUGUCUGACCGCAGCCCCUCGGGGCUGGCCAGCGGCCUGUCGUACCCCGUCACGUCCGAUAGCGUGGUUGUGGCCGGCGGGGAUGAGAACCGGACGGAGUCGGGCAAAAGCCGUGCGGGCGGGCGCGCAGCAGCUAGAGGCGGCAAGGUUGGCGGUAGGGGCGGUAAGCGUGGUAAAGGUGGCGGCGGCGUCCGUGCGCCGUUGUUCGCCGUGAACAUGCGAACGGCCUCGGGGCGCCGGCAUGUGCCGCUGGUGCUGCGGCCGUGUUUUUGCGGCGUGACGCACAUGACAUCCUCGAAUCAGUUCGUACGGGGUUUGCUGAAGGAUCGGAAGGAACGGGGAGAGCACGAAAUGGACGCCGCAGAGUUCUUCUGGUUUGGAAAGCCCAAGUUGAUGACCAUCCUCUUCACGCUCGCCUACUUCGAGAACUCGCUCUCCAUUGCCAUCUGUAUCUUUACCCUGGCUGGGACGUAUCGGUCCGCGGGCACCUGGGAGGGAGUUCCCUUGUUCGCCGUCGUACUGCAGCUGGUGCUGGACAUCCUGCUGAUGCCGCAGGUGAGCUUCAACGUACUACCGCUGUACGCGCUCAUUCAGCCGCUGGGCAGCCACUGCCCGUCGAAGUGGCUCGAAAAGUUUAUGAAGAAACACUACAACCCCAAGCAGUACAAGCGUGUUCAGCGCUUGCUCGACAGAUACGACCCUCCUGUGAACCCACCGCCCCCGGCGAAGCCCAGCGGCUUCUUCUCCCGCCUCAGCACCGCAAUCCUGCUGGCAACACGCCGUGGCCACAGCGGACAGCAGCCGGCGAGGGCUCAGCAGGGAACUCAGUUGAGCAGCCUGACGGACAUGGCUGCAUGGCGCCGGUACCUGGAGGGGAGGCAGGGGUCUGCGGGACUCAACGGGCGGCAGGACCCCCCGCAGAGCUCCGGCCAGGCGGCGGCGGUGGCGGGAAGUUCGGGACGGCAGCCAGGGCUGGGCCGCAUGCAAAACAGCUCUGCCGCGGCGGGCGAGCGGAGCGGCGGCGGCGGCGGCCCCUCCUCCGCAACCACCGCCACUGCCGCCGGCCCUCAUCCCCGCAGCAGGCUAGGCGGCGACGCGGCUGGAUUCAUGCCGCAUGGCGCCACACCUCAGGCCUCCGGACAUGCUGUAGGCGGCGGCAGCGGCGGCGAUGCAAGCAGUUCCUCCUCAGCAGCUGCUGCUGCCGGGGUGGUGGGUGUGCAGCUGCAGGAGCAUCCCAGUGCGGCCCUGAGCAGCCUGCCCAGCGGCGUGACGGACACCAGCCGCACCAUGAGCGGAGCGUCGUACACGCGGGAUCCGGAUGCCAUGCAAGUGAUGCUGCAUAGCAUGUACAAGAAGGCACUGGAACGCCAGCGGGCUACGGCAGCAAGAGCACAAACGAGCGCUGGCGGCGUGGGUGAAACCUCGAGCCCAGCAGCAGCUCGUGGCCGGCAAGGAGAGGACGAGCCUGGGCACCCUGUCUAGGCCCGCGCGCGUUUUCUAUUCGUCGUUAAUCCUAUGCAUUCAUAAAUACAUACGGGCCAAGUAGAUUCAUGUGGCCCACCUGUCGCCCACCUGUCGCCUCGUUCCUUGUUCAGGGUUUUCGGUUAUUGACCGUGUUUCCGUCGUACUCUGUCUUGGGGUAUUGGGCAGUGGAUGACUUGUGUGUUGAGGGUAUUAGGCAACCUGUGACUUUUGUCCUGCAACUUAACAGGAUGCAACGCGUGGCCCUGACCGGCAACUUAAUCGGAUGCUUCUUAUAUAGCAAUAAUCACUGCAGUUUCUAAUGUCCGGCGCCUUUGCGUUUCCUGGAUACCGGUAUUGGCUAGGACAAAACCUUGCUGCAUCCUUCGUCGUUUUGCGUUCCUCCUUCCCAUUGCCGGGCAUAGUCCUAAGUAAGUGUAGCAUGUGUCUGUUAGUUUGGUGGGUUUCGGUUAGCUGUGCCUUGUCAUCCUUGCACAUUUAUCUGGCACAUGUCUCGGCGUUGUCAAGACAGUUACAGGAGGCAGGAAAUCAUAAGAGCUUGGCAUUACCAGCCACGGUUCCUUGCUCAUGGUUACAGGCAGGCAGGAAAACAGUAAGGAAGCCGCCCGCGUCGCCGAUGCCUAGGCAACAGUAAGGCACCCGCCAUGAACUUGGGCGCAUUGCGCGCAAUGGAAAUUACGCUGAAAAUGGGC